AGCUGGCAAUGCUGUCCCACACAUGUACUUCCGGUUUUGACAAAACGAAACUUAACAACAUUAGAGAUGUCGGUGGUGGCGAAGGGUGGGCGUGGGUGGUGUUUAGACGCCUGCUCGCUCAUCGACCAAGGCUACGAAAAGUGUUUGACGAGGGAAGGUGAUAACUGGUCAAAAGUGAAAGCACGCUUCAAAAGGAGAUGUUUUCACAUUAUAAAGCCGCAUUGUGGUGUGAAGCCACAGACUGCUGCUUUGGAAGAAAACGUCAAGCUAGAAAUUCUGCCAAAGAAAAGGAAAAGGAAACGAAAGCAAAGUCAUCUCAAUCAGGGAGAGAUCGAUUCAAACGCUUUUCAUGAAAAGGUCAGAUGUGUCAUUUCGGAGGAAACCAAGUCCCUUGUGGAAUCUGCGAGACGUCUCGGAUACUUUCAAGGAGGGACAAACCCAACAGAGGACCCUCUUCCUGGUCACGAGUGCAACCUGGCCAGUCUCUGUGACAUGGCCAAAGAUCUUCCCGGAGUGGAUGACGAUGACGAUGACCAGACAGACUGUGCCCAGUUACUUGUUGAUGAGCAGGGCUGCACGUCACAUCUGGACUUGUUCUCCAGGGUAACGGAGCACACGUCAGACUGUGCCACGGUGGUCACGCUGAUGGGAGAAGAAUACGUAAUACCCCCACGAACCGCCUUCCUGCUCUCGGAUUUCUCCCGAAUGGAGCCACUGCUGCGAUAUGGACGCAAGUUUGAUGUCAUUGUGAUGGAUCCACCGUGGGAAAACAAGUCUGUAAAGAGGAGUCGAAGCUCUCUGCCUUCGUCUCAGCUGAAAAGACUCCCCCUACCCAGCUUGGCAUCUCCAAACUGUUUGGUGGUCACCUGGGUUACAAACCGACCCAAGCACUUGCGUUUCGUGCGAGACGAGCUGUACCCGCACUGGGGGGUGGAGAUUGUGGCUGAAUGGUUGUGGGUUAAGGUUACCACGGAAGGCCAGUUCGUGUUCCCACUGGAUUCACCGCACAAGAAGCCGUAUGAGGUGCUGGUCCUGGGCCGGUAUAGUCGCUCCCAGGAAAAAAGCUCCACAGAGUCCGUCAGCACCCCCGUGGAGAAUCAGCGCCUGGUUGUCAGCGUACCGUCAGCUCUUCACUCCCACAAGCCCUCAUUGUCAGAGGUGUUGAAGCCAUACGUUGGAGGUGACGCCUCGUGCUUAGAGUUGUUUGCACGAAGUCUGCAACCAGGAUGGACCAGCUGGGGCAACGAGGUCCUCCGAUUUCAACAUACCAGUUAUUUCACUUGGACACCUGCGGAAAAACUGACUAAGUCGCCAGCCUCUGCCCCCAGUGAGGACUAAGAACAUCCCGACGUAGGUUUUUAUUCAAGGAUUUUAAAUAGUCACACACACCUUAUUCUAUAUUUUUUUCCCGCGUGACAAAUGGAGAAACCCCCAAAAAUGACCAUCUCACUAAAUGAGAUCAACAUUUAUGACUUUUUCGCAAUGAAGCAGUGAUGUUUUCUUUGAGUCUAAUGAGUGUGAGGGUGAGCAGUGCCGGGCGACGUAUGGCAGCUGCAGCCCAUCAGAGCUAAUGAAGCCGCCGUGAGGUCGUUACCGCCCUACCUGUCGUCCCCUGUCUCUGAAAGACACUCGCACACUAAUCCGCGGAGACAAGUCGGCCAUUAAGCCAACUUAAGUCGUUACUUUUGUAUCGUGAGGGUCGUGAUUUCAGAGAAAAAGAUCUUUGACAUUUAAGACAAUUAACCCUUUCCCAGAGAGUGGACAGCUAUUCAAAAGGUAUACGCAGGUGUCUUAAUUAGGUGUGUCUCGUUCUGAUAGGACAAGUUUUGUAUGAGAUGGACUUGCAUCUAAAAUAUCCCGCUAGCAGGGUUCGUACGGGUGCUUAAAAAACGUGAAAAUGCUUGGAUUUUAAUGUGUUUUGAAGGUUUGAAAAAUAAUUUUGGGGAAAGUGAUUGUAAAUGCGUGGAAAUGUUCAUCAUACUUCUCGGCAGUCUGACUCGAUAGGCUUAUUAUAGAAUGGUAAAAAAAUUAAAACACGUCUCCUUAAAAAUGAAAGCUACACGCUUGAUUUGUUGGCUUUGCAUGAGCCCUUACGUUAGUUUGGUUUAGUCUUUAUUUGAAGGGACAAUGCAAAGAAACAUUAAGCUCAAAGACAGAUAUGUUCUGUACCAGAUUAUAGCUAAAGAGCUAAUUUCCAUCUGCAGUCCCUGGCUACCUAAAUUAAAGGGAUACAAAAAUCAUUACAAUAAAAUCAUACUAUAUCACAUAAUCAAAUUAAGAAAAGUCAUAAAAUGCCCUUAACGGACACACACUUAAUAUACAAUACAACCAUCAUCAUCACACAAAGACAAUACAUGCUCUUGUUCACAUCUGUCAUCAUUUGUAAAAACAACAAAAACAACACACACCUCAUAAUUUACAACAAAAAUAAAUAUAACACACAUUAAGUUGAUCUGUCAAACAUAGUGGCCACCUUAUUGACCGUGUGAGCAGCUUUGAUUUCUCCAAAGCCACUUUUUAACUUCAAUUGUAAAUGUAGAGUAAUCUGUUAAACUUUUCAAGAUUGUUGUGAGGUUCUUCCAUUCCUUCAUGGCUUUAUAUGAAAAGGCUGAUUGUGCAAAAUAUGUUUUACAUCUGGGUACGCUACACUGCCCCCUGGUGGAGGCUUGUGUGUUUCUAGUUUUCACAGCAGAUAUAAACUGGACAAAGUGCUUAAGUGGCGCUGGUUGCCCCCAAGAGGACAGUGGUGCAUCGGUUUAUUGGGAGGGAACAUUGGAUGGAAAAUGCGACUUGUCCAGGGGGUAAAUGCUGCUGAGAUAGGCUCCAGCACCCCCCGCUACCCAAAAAGAGACAAGCGGUAGAAAAAUGGAUGGAAAAUGACAAGUUCAAGCUGUGGAUAAAUCCACUAGGCGCCUGCUGCAAAUUAUGCAAAAAUGAAAUCCAGCUUUUCGCAAUGGGAGAGAGUCUGUUCUCUCUCGAAUCAUAUGAAAGGUAAGCCACAGAGAUUACUCUAUGAGCCCUAAGAGUUUUCUAACCUUUUGGUACAUGCUAGACCUAAACUGUGACAUCAGCGCCGGAUUACUUGUUAAUUACGGGCAGGUCUUACGAGCCAAGAAAGGAAAGAAGCGAGCGUUUGUCAAUGAGCAAUUAUAAUGCUAAGAACUUCUCUCAACUUUGAUUGAUUGAUUGAUUGAGACUUUUAUUAGUACAAACCCCGUUUACAUAUGAGUUGGGAAAUUGUGUUAGAUGUAAAUAUAAACGGAAUACAAUGAUUUGUAAAUAAUUUUCAACCCAUAUUCAGUUAAAUAUGCUAUAAAGACAACAUAUUUGAUGUUAAAACUGAUAAACAUUUUUUUGUUGUUGGAAAUAAUCAUUAACUAGAAUUUGAUGCCAGCAACACGUGACAAAGAAGUUGGUAAAGGUGGCAAUAAAUACUGAUAAAGUUGAGGAAUGCUCAUCAAACACUUAUUCGGAACAUCCCACAGGUGUGCAGGCUAAUUGGGAACAAGUGGGUGCCAUGAUUGGGUAUAAAAAAAGCUUCCCAAAAAAUGCUCAGUCUUUCACAAGAAAGGAUGGGGCGAAGUACACCCCUUUGUCCACAACUGCGUGAGCAAAUAGUCAAACAGUUUAAGAACAACGUUUCUCAAAGUGCAAUUCCAAGAAAUUUAGGGAUUUCAACAUCUACGGUCCAUAAUAUCAUCAAAAGGUUCAGAGAAUCUGGAGAAAUCACUCCACGUAAGCGGCAUGGCCGGAAACCAACAUUGAAUGACCGUGACCUUCGAUCCCUCAGACGUCACUGUAUCAAAAACCGACAUCAAUCUCUAAAGGAUAUCACCACAUGGGCUCAGGAACACUUCAAAAAACCACCGUCACUAAAUACAGUUCAUCGCUACAUCUGUAAGUGCGAGUUAAAGCUCUACUAUGCAAAGCGAAAGCCAUUUAUCAACAACAUCCAGAAACGCCGCGGGCUUCUCUGUGCCUGAGAUCAUCUAAGAUGGACUGAUGCAAAGUGGAAAAGUGUUCUGUGGUCUGACGAGUCCACAUUUCAAAUUGUUUUUGGAAAUAUUCCACAUCCUGUCAUCCAGACCAAAGGGGAAGCCAACCAUCCAGACUGUUAUCGACGCCAAGUUCAAAAGCCAGCAUCUGUGAUAGUAUGGGGGUGCAUUAGUGCCCAAAGCAUGCCUAACUUACACAUCUGUGAAGGCACCAUUAAUGCUGAAAGGUACAUACAGGUUUUGGAACAACAUAUGCUGUCUUUUUCAUGGACGCCCCUGCUUAUUUCAGCAAGACAAUGCCAAGCCACAUUCAGAAAGGGGUUACAACAGCGUGGCUUCGUAUAACAUGAGUGCGGGUACUUUCCUGGCCCACCUGCAGUGCAGGCCUGUCUCCCAUCGAAAAUGUGUGGCGCAUUAUGAAGCGUAAAAUACGACAGCGGAGACUCCGGACUGUUGAACGACUUAAGUUCUACAUAAAACAAGAAUGGGAAAGAAUUCCCCUUUCAAAGCUUCAACAAUUAGUUUCUUAAGUUCCCAAAUGUUUAUUGAGUGUUUUUAAAAGAAAAUGUGAUGUAACACAGUGGUGAACAUGCCCUUUCCCAACUACUUUGGCACGUGUUGCAGCCAUUAAACUCUAAGUAAAAAAAAAAAUCAAAUAUCUUGUCUUUGUAGUGCAUUCAACUGAAUAUGGGUUGAAAAGGAUUUGCAAAUCAUUGUAUUCCGUUUAUAUUUACAUCUAACACAAUUUCCCAACUCAUAUGGAAACGGGGUUUGUAAGUGUAUUUUCACAUUGUCUUCUGCAUGAUUUGUGUCCAUAAAAUUGGGUGUCUGGAACGGAUUAGUCACAUGAUUUUUUAUGGGUUUAUCGGUUUUUAUAUGAUUCACUUUUCGUCUGACCUUUUACUAACGAAAAGUGAGUUAUUACUGUGCCGUGAUUGGACACGAGUAUGCCAUGACGAUCAGCUGAGUGGCACUUUGUGGCGACACGUCCUAUCCGGUUUCCGUAGGAGGCGACGUAUCGCAACGCCAUUCUAUGAUAUGCUGUGAUGAAUUUAUAUUCGUCAACACAUAACCUCAUCGCUCAGCGUCCACAUGUAAUUUCUGUGGAAAUUGUUCUUCCUUUUUUUUUUUUUUUUUUUCACUUCACAGUCUCGCCCUAAAAGCCUUUCCGUACAUUUCCGGAUAAUGACACCGUGGUCGUCUUUGUGGCGCCAGAGGAAGAUUAAGCACCACAGUGACGCGAUACAAAGUACCUCAGACUGCCUUUUAGGUGAACGCAUGUUUGAUUUUCCCGCAGAUGUUUCAUUAGGCAGCAUUAAGAUGUGAAAUAUGUCAAGUUACCGCGUGUAAUGGCGGCGGUUCUGCCGAACACGUGAACCGCUAAGAGCAACAGUUCGGACCGCAUCUCGCGCUCUUAUUAAAUAUGCAACGGGACUCGCCUCAAAGUCACUAAUUACAGAUGGCCAGACAGAAAAACACUUGUCAAAGUGAUGCAUCCUGGAAUAUGAGAUCUCCAGCCAGUAUUCAGAGAAUAUGAACCAGGGCCAUUCAACUGGCGCCCCGGGGGCCAAACCUGGUCCGGGAAUGACACCAUAGCCCACCUGAGUUAACUUGGGAGCAUACUUGCCAACCCUUACGGUUUUCCCGAAUGUCAGUGCCCCUCCCGAAAAUCUCCCGGGGAAUCCAUUCUCUCGAAUUUCUCCCGAUUUCCACCCUGACAACAAUAUUAGGGGCGUGCCUUAAAAGCACUGCCUUUAGAGUCCUCUACAACCUGAAAAGGAGACUAUUAUAUCCAAUCCAAUCCAAUCCACUUUAUUUAUAUAGCACAUUUAAACAACAAUAACGUUUCCAAAGUGCUGCACAGCCAUGUUAAAAACAAUUGUAAAAAAAAAAUAAAUACAAUAAAAUAAAAAAGUAUAUAUAUAUAUAUAUAUAUAUAUAUAUAUAUAUUGCUCCACCAAUGAAAAAAUAAAUCAGUAUAAACACAAGAUAAAAACAAAUAUGAUUAAAAACUAUUUUAAAGGGUAAAAUCAAUUAAAACAGUAAAAUAGAAAUCAAAGUGUAUAAAAAACACAGAGGACAACAGAGAACAGAGGACCACACAACUCACGUAGUGUUAAAAGCCAAAAAAUAAAAGUGGGUCUUAAGACGAGACUUAAAACACUCCACUGUGGAAGCAGUUUGAACAUGGAGCGGCAGAGUGUUCCAGAGCUUAGGGCCGACCACAGAGAAGGCCCUGUCUCCCCUGGUCUUAAGUCUGGUCUUGGGCACCAUGAGCUGGAACUGGCUCUCGGACCUCAGAGCGCGCGCAGGAAUGUAAAUUUGGAUAAGGUCCGAGAUAUAUUGAGGUGCCAGUCCAUGUAAAGAUUUAAAAACAAACAGCAAUGUUUUAAAAUCAAUUCUAAAAUGAACAGGGAGCCAGUGCAAACUCUGAAGAAUUGGGGUUAUAUGCUGGCGUUUCCUGGCCCCUGUUAAAACUCGUGCUGCCGCGUUCUGGACUAACUGCAACCGGGAGAGAGCUUUUUGGCUAAUGCCAGCAUAAAGUGCAUUGCAGUAGUCCAGGCGACUUGAAAUAAAAGCAUUAUAUAUGUCGUUAUCCAAAGGUUUAUCUAUAACCCAUAAAGUAGGCAGGCACGGAGCUAUUUCUCAGCGUGUGUUUAUUCCAGCCGACACGUUAAUACACCGACACACAACAUCCAGAUUCCCAUCAUGCAUUGCUUCAAAGCUACUGCAAGUAGUAAUGUCCAAAAACAUAACAGAGACGAAGCGGAAGAACGAAGAAGAGACACUGUGACGACGAGUUAGAAGAAGAAGUACGCUUACAGGUUGCAAAAUGAUUGGAAAAAAAUAAUUUCAGUUCAUCCAGGACAGCUCGAAGGGGAAGGGGUAUGCUGCCUGCAAAUUUUGUAGAUCAGACUUCUCCAUUGAACACAGUGGCCGAACGGAUAUUUAUAUAUAUACAAACACCGUUUCCAUAUGAGUUGGGAAAUUGUGUUUGAUGUAAAUAUAAACGGAAUACAAUGGUUGUAAAUCAUUUUCAACCCAUAUUUAGUUGAAUAUGCUACAAAGACAACAUAUUUGAUGUUCAAACUAAUAUACUUUUUUUUUUUGUGCAAAUAAUCAUUAACUUUAGAAUUUGAUGCCAGCAACACGUGACAAAGAAGUUGGGAAAGGUGGCAAUAAAUACUGAUGAAGUUGAGGAAUGCUCAUCAAACACUUAUUUGGAACAUCCCACAGGUUUGCAGGCUAAUUGGGAACAGGUGGGUGCCAUGAUUGGGUAUAAAAACAGCUUCCCAAAAAAUGCUCAGUCUUUCACAAGAAAGGAUAGGGCGAGGUACACCCCUUUGUCCACAACUGCGUGAGCAAAUAGUCAAACAGUUUAAGAACAACGUUUCUCAAAGUGUAAUUGCAAGAAAUUUAGGGAUUUCAACAUCUACGGUCCAAAAUAUCAUCAAAAGGUUAAGAGUAUCUGGAGAAAUCACUCCACGAAAGCGGCAUGGCCGGAAACCAACAUUGAAUGACCGUGACCUACGAUCCCUCAGACGGCACUGUAUCAAAAACCGACAUCAAGCUCUAAAGGAUAUCACCACAUGGGCUCAGGAACACUUCAGAAAACCACUGUCACUAAAUACAGUUCGUCGCUACAUCUGUAAGGGCAAGUUAAAGCUCUACUAUGCAAAGUGAAAGGCAUUAUCAACAACAUCCACAAACUCCGCCAGUUUCUCUGGGCCCGAGAUCAUCUAAGAUGGACUGAUGCAAAGUGGAAAAGUGUUCUGUGGUCUGACGGGUCCACAUUACAAAUUGUUUUUGGAAAUAUUCAACAUUGUGUCAUCCGGACCAAAGGGAAAGCGAACCAUCCAGACUAUUAUCGACGCAAAGUUCAAAAGCCAGCAUCUGUGAUGGUAUGGGGGUGCAUUAGUGCCAAAGGCAUGGGUAACUUACACAUAUGUGAAGGCACCAUUAAUGCUGAAAGGUACAUACAGGUUUUGGAACAACAUAUGCUGCCAUCUAAGUGCCGUCUUUUUCAUGGAAGCCCCUCCUUAUUUCAGAAAGACAAUGCCAAACCACAUUUAGCACGUGUUACAACAGCGUGGCUUCAUAGUAAAAGAGUGCGGGUCCUUUCCUGGCCCGCCUGCAGUCCAGACCUGUCUCCCAUCGAAAAUGUGUGGCGCCUUAUGAAGUGUAAAAUGUGACAGCGGAGACCCCGGACUGUUGAACAAUGAAGCUCUACAUAAAACAAGAAUGGGAAAGAAUUCCGCUUUCAAAGCUUCAACAAAUACUUUCUUUGGUUCCCAAACGUUUAUUGAGUGUUGUUAAAAGAAAAGGUGAUGUAACACAGUGGUGAACAUGCCCUUUCCCAACUACUUUGGCACGUGUUGCAGCCAUGAAAUUCUAAGUUAAUUAUUAUUUGCAAAAGAAAUGUUUGAACAUAAAAAAUCUUGUCUUUGUAGUGCAGGGGUAGGGAACCUAUGGCUCUAGAGCCAGAUGGGGCUCUUUUGAUGACUGUAUCUGGCUCUCAGAUCAAUCAAUCAAUCAAUCAAUGUUUAUUUAUAUAGCCCCAAAUCACAAAUGUCUCAAAGGACUGCACAAAUCAUUACGACUACAACAUCUUAGGAAGAACCCACAAAAGGGCAAGGAAAACUCACACCCAGUGGGCAGGGAGAAUUCACAUCCAGUGGGACGCCAGUGACAAUGAUGACUUCGAGAAACCUUGGAGAGGACCUCAGAUGUGGGCAACCCCCACCCCUCUAGGGGACCGAAAGCAAUUGAUGUCGAGCGGGUCUAACAUGAUACUGUGGAAGUUCAAUCCAUAGUGGCUCCAACACAGCCGCGAGAGUUCAGUUCAAAGCGGAUCCAAGACAGCAGCGAGAGUCCCGUCCACAGGAGACCAUCUCAAGCGGAGGCGGAUCAGCAGCGUAGAGAUGUCCCCAAUCGAUACAGGCGAGCGGUCCAUCCUGGGUCCCGACGAGCGGUCCAUCCUGGGUCUCGACUCUGGACAGCCAGUACUUCAUCCAUGGUUAUUGGACCGGACCCCCUCUACAAGGGAGGGGGGGACAUAGUUGAAAGAAAAGAAGCGGCAGAUCAACUGGUCUAAAAAUUCGAAGAUUCAAGAUUGUUUAUCGUCAUAUGCACAGUUAAACAGAAAGUUUGCCCUACAAUGAAAAUCUUACUUUGUUUCACAAUGUUACAAUGUUUUUAAAAAGAAUUAGAGACUUAUUAUACUAAAAAAAUGAUGGUUUUACUUAAAAAAUGCACGCAUUUAGUUGUGUUCGGUGUUAAAAAAUAUGAUCUGGCUCUCACGAAAAUACAUUUUAAAAUAUUUGGCUUUCAUGGCGCUCUCAGCCAAAAAGGUUCCCGACCCCUAAUGUAGUGCAUUCAAUUGAAUAUGGGUUGAAAAGGAAAUUUCAAUUCAACUUCCUUGAAUAUGAAAUGCAAUUUUACUUCCUGUUCGCAACCUUGAUUAAAAUUCAAUGAAUUGGAAUUUGGGGGACAGUCUCGAUUCACUUUGCACACACAACACCACAAGACCAAAGCAUCUUGGCAGAGGUAGUACUUCUUGAUGAGACCGUUUCUCCAUGAAAGAAGACGUAGAUGUCGUUUGGAACUAGCUAAUUGCUGGUGUCAUUCUUGGAUUGUGUUGUAUCCAUUUUGUUUUCGUGUAAACACUUGUUGUCAUUCCCCAAGGCUGAAGAACGCAGGCAUUGCUGUUUUUGGCGGGGAUUUGCCAGUCUGGUCCCGUCUGUUUCUGGACCACGAAUGACCAUGAGCUAGCCAGACGUUUUUUCACGGGAGACUGAGCCAACACAGAGAGAACAAUCAACGUCCCCCUGUGUCACAUUUCAAUUUCCCUGCUAGGUCACGUCCCGGCAGCCAUGACCACGUCUAACCUUAAUUGAUAAUUAAUCAAUACAGACCGUUACUGAUGGUCAAUAGGAACAUAAAUAAACAGAUCAAUGAAAAAACAUUCGAUGACUACUUGUAGCUUAUUCUCGUAAAAUAUUUGUCGGAUUCCGACAAAAAAAUAAACUGUCAUUUGAAUUAGGGAAAGGAACAGUUUUGGCGAAUUUCGCGUUUCUCCUGGUUUUGUGUCUGUUUUGUAUCCACCUGGGGGUGUCUGCUAAUCAGUGCCGUCUUUUUCCAGGCGUCCCUCUUUUGAAAUAAUUAGCCCCCUUGUCUUCAGCAACUUGAUUUUUCCUGCCAACACAUUUCAGCGAGGAGCAUUUUGUCGCAAGCUUUUUGUUGCAAACUCUUUGGUCCUUUGAUGUACGUAAAACCCCAAACCAGUGAUGAUGGCACGUUGUGUAAAUUGUAUAUAAAAACAGAAUACAUUAUUCCAUCCAUUUUC